AUGGUGUUAUACAAAAGAAAACCUAUAUUGCUUCCUGAUCCACGACCUUUACCAUUGAAUUUGAAUGUGCAAAUAUGGCAUAUCGAAGAAACCGGGGAAUGGUUUCCAAGUUACGAAAAAUUUCUGGAAAGGUUUGAUUUCUAUACUCGUCACCAUUUCACCUGUGAAAUCACCGGUACUUCGUGCCUGACGUUUUUCCAAGCUCUAGAUAGUGAGGAGACACAAUUUAAGUACGUUGAAGACAGAUUUCCAUUAAAAUUAAGAGAACCCGUGGCGAGAUUUUUGCAUUUUAACGGAAUAAGAAGGCUGGACGCAUUGGUGGAGAAGGUUUACGCAAGGUUCAAAAAUGACUUCUUCCCAGGGGAAACUGUUUAUUUACGCAAACAAAAAGAUGUCUCUACAACAAAUUCCCAUUCUCAACAGGGAACUCCCCAACCUGAUGACAUCUCUGAAAAUAAUAAUUGUAAUAAUCCAAGCUUGCCUCAGUACCAAUAUCAAAAACGUUAUAUUAUCAAAGAAAAAGUUCAGUUCAACGCAACAAUGAAUCCAGAUACCAAAGAAAUUGCAAUGCCUGCCCACACUAAGUACAUGUUGAUAGAAGAAGCCGCAUCUAGUAAUAAAUCUUUCAUAGUAGACCAAGGUCAAAUUUACAGGGAUCGUUCUACUUUCACAAAACAUUUAAUUAAAUGCUUUUUCAAGAUUACUUUACAGAGAGCGUCUUCAAAGAUGGGUGCGCCUUGGUGCGUCAAACCAGAAUAUUUAGCAAUGUAUGGUUUGGCUAUGGACUGGCCAAAAGAUAUGUUAAAAUAUAAGGAUGAUGAACCGGCUGCUGUGGCAAGAAGUUCCGAUAGUGCCAAUGUUUCGCCACCGGAAAAUGAAAAGAAUAAACGUCAAAAUAAAUCAUCAAGUAAUAAUGGCGUCUCGGAUAACGUGCCUAGUAAAAAAGAAUCCAAGAAAAAGAGAAAGCAAACUGAAGUAAAUGCUGCGGAGAAUAGUUCCCACGAAGAAGAUAAGGGAAAUAGUCAAAAUCCUUCGGCAGAAAACGUUUCUAAAAAGAGGAAAAAAGAGGCCAAUGAGGAACUGAAGCCGGAAAAUGUUGAGGCUGUUUCUAUUCCAGCUAAUGCGGAGCCUCCGACUGUUACAAUAACAAGCAUAAUGGAUGAUUUGGCGUUGCCAUACCAACAUCCACCGGACAUAUUUCCAAAUUUAACUUAUUACAAUGAAAAACUAGAAUGCGUUCAAGUAGGUUCAAAGAGCUCUAAACAAUUUAGUUCUUUUGGAAAGCUGUUGCAGUCCUACCAGUUUCUGAAUACGUUUGGUCCAAGGAUUUACUUAUCUCAUUUUAGUCUUGACCAAUUCAUCACUUCUUUAAAAUGUACAGAUGCGUAUGAGCUAAAAGGUGAAGUUGUUUUGGUGAAUAUAAAAACUCCAACGACUACAAAGCGAGGAGAAUCAAAUGGCAGUUCAUUCUUGGAAGAUGGAGCAGAAGAUACCAUUGAAGAAAACGCUGAAAACUCAAGUGACUGGCAGAGAAAUUCGCUAGUCCGUGAUAUGGUGCUGGCAAGGAAUUCCAGUAAGGUUGAGUACAAUAUUGUUAAUGAUGACCCAGCUACAGAUGACAUACUUGAUAACAUCAACCACAACGGGUCCGCCCUUCUCAUUGAAGUUUUUACUGCGCUAUUGCGUCUAUUCGUCAACGAAGAUGGUGAUUGGAAUUGCAUCGUCGUCGAAGAUUGGAUAGUAGAUAACAAAGGGGUACUCAAAGAGACAAAAUAUGUUAAAGAUGAGCAGAUAAUACAACAACAGAAGGGCGACGGGUAUCCCUUACAAGAUACCGAAAAGUCGGAUAAAUCGAUUUUCGGACUAAAGAAAGAUACAUCGAAGGAUGAGAAAAAAUCCGACGUCGACGACAAAACUAAAUCUCAAUCUCAUCCUGAUUCUGGGUCUGAUUCUGAUUCUGAUUCUGAAACAGUAGAUCCCAAAUUAGAGAAGUGUCUAAACUAUCGUAAUGUUAAUUGGAUAGAACGUUUGACAAAAAGACAAUUCAAUAACAGUUACUGGCUCAUAAUUUUACUGGGUACCUUGCAAGAUAGUAGACACCUCCCUAUGUACUCAGAGUUUAUUGAUUAUUUCAUAGAAAAGAUAAUGCCCAAAGAUAUAUCAGCUACUCAAUUACCCAAACAGCUUUGGAGGAACUUCUGUCGAAAACUAACUUUCAGUGACAAAAUCAAUGCACUGUGGGUACUCAUAGAUCUAGUGUCGCAUUUUUCCCCUGAUAUUAAGGCAGCCGUAGACGACUCUAUGGAACUCUGCGGCCAAAUUCGUAGUGAAAGAUUCAAAGUUGCAAGAGAGUUAAAAUCAGAGGCAGUUGUAUUGGGAAACCUUCAGAAUGAGCUGCAGGCAAUUCAAGAGAAGUCAAUUAAAACAGAUGAAAACACAUCAUCGGCUGAUAGCCCUGAUAAAAAUCGUGAUCUCCAAGCGAAGGAUGAGAUUAAUGAUCCAUCUCUGAUUGAGAAAAAGCAGAUUUUGAUUAAAGAACAAGAAAAGAAAAUAGAAAUUUUACAAUCUGACAAAAACUAUCUCGAUAACUGUCUCUUUGAAAACGACUUGCAGAGACUGAAACCCUUGGGCCUAGAUCGAUAUGGGAACAGAUAUUUUUGGUUAGAUCACAAUGGUGUCCCCUGUCACGAAAUUCUUGGUGAUAUGGAUGGAACAUCCAAGAAUAACAAUGGAUUCAGCUAUCAAUCGGGCCGUUUAUUGAUGCAGGGGCCGAGACCAUCAUCGGCGAAAUUCUUCCUGAACGUUACUGAUGAGCAAUUGAGUAAUUGGCAGAAAAUCAGCAAUGUUAAAGGGUCAUCUGAGGCAACUAAAGAAGUGUUUGGUAUCUUUAAGACUAAAUCCGGAUCCUAUAAUUACGUAGAAAAUGGAAUCGAGACGGAAAUAUUGGAUAGUGAUGGUCGUGUAAACCCACUUAUAGAGUUGACGCCAAUCCAAAAGAAAAUUGUGGAUGAAACUCCUUCAAGGUUACUAUUGUCACCAGACCAAUGGUAUUGUAUUGAUAAAUUUGAAGAUUUGUCAAAAAUAAUAGACUGGUUAGAUAACUGGGGUCGUAAAGAGCACGAUCUUUUGAGACAAAUCAGACCUGUAAUACAGCGGAUUAAAGCUUCUCUUAGCCUACGUGGCCGGGCAUUAUCUUUGGAAGUAUUCACUAAGGACGAAGAAAAGUUGCUAAAGGAGUUAGAAAACAGUGAGUUUACCGACAAUGAGCUAAACAUUGAUAACAUGGACAUUACUGAUAGUAUUAAUAAGAAAAAAAACGGCAUUGUAAGCGAAAUCGACCUACUAGCAGAUGCGGAGGAGGAAAAGGAGAUAGUGAUAGACGAGAAAUUGGAGGCAAUUGCCGACGAACUUAUGAAGCUAGACGAUAGCUCCAAGACGCGAAAGAUCCUUAAUAAAAUGCAAGAGCUAGAAGACCAAAGGGACGAGCUCCUGGAACAGAAGAGAAUAAUAAUAAAUUCUCAAAGGCCAGGUGCAAGAAUUUUAGCUCGCUCUGAAAGGAAAAGAACAAAGAUUUCCCGUGGCAAUAAAGUGAAGAGGCAAGUUGAAAUAUUGACUGACUUGAUCAACUAUAGACAUUUUAGAGCUAUGGAAGAUGUGAUAGCAUGGAAAAAUACUUUGGCUAAAUCUAUUUUAGGCUCUUCGCUUCGUAAAAAUGCAUCUGGCAAUAAAAAAGGUGGUGCCCUUGAAACAGUUGAUGAUAAAUUAAAAGAUAUAGUGGGACAAACUUCCAGAACAGUAACGCCGGCUCCAAACUAA